ACCAUGGCACUAAAAGCAGUAAAGUGGGCGAUAUCAAACAGAACUGUCUUGAGACAUUUAUUUCCACUUCGAAGUGGAACUUUAAAUCGUGCUCAUCAUAAAUCUACAUAUCCCUCCCUUCCAGAUGACUAUAACUGCAACGUAGAUCUUGCUUUGACAUCGAAUGGCAGGACAAUAGUUUGCUACCACCCUUCAUAUGUUCCAUAUGAACACACAAAGCCUCUCCCUCGACCAGAUCCUGUACAUAGUAACGGAGAGACACAUGAUCAAAUGCUAAAACCUAGGUUAGAAGAAAACAGUGAAAACUUGGAGCAGGGACCCAUGACAGAGCAACUUAGCAUAAUGUUCAUUACUACCAAGCACUGCUGGUAUCCUCACGGACAGUAUCAUAGAUGUCAAAAGCAGGUGAACCCUCCAAAAGACAGGUGAUGCUGAGAUUCUCAGGAAUCAAAAAGAAAUCUUAAUCUGUGUCUCACUUGCUAUUUGGGAAGAUGUAAUCUGGUGUAUCCAUGACAUGUUAUAUAGUAAAAAAUAAAGUAUCUUUUCAUAUACUGAAAAAAAAAGAAUUAUAUCCCAGUUAUAAUUUUGUAAAUCAGUAUUAAAUUAUCAAAAAAAUAAAAUAAAUCUUUCCUCCUGGAGUUUAAUUAAUUUAUAAGUAGGCAUAAUUGGACUAAGAAUCAAUUUAAAAAAUCCUUAGUUGGGGGGAGUCCAGCAGUAGCGCAGCAGGUUAAGCGCACUUGGCGCGAAGC